AUGGCUAAAACUAGAGUUUUGGUCGUCGGCACAGGUGGAAUCGGCACCAUGGCGGCGUAUGCAUUGGAACACGGCGGCUUAGCUCAAGUUACCGCUGUGAUGCGCUCGAACUAUGAUGCUGCGGUGAAGAAUGGGAUUGAUAUUGAUUCGGUCCAAUGGGGCCAGAUUAAAGCCUGGAAACCAUCAGUCAUCACCAAAGCUGUCCCCGACGUCUUGAAGGGCGAAGCAGCGCCCUUCGACUUUAUUCUCGUCACAACCAAGAAUAUCCCCGAUGUUGCACCCACAGUGGCAGACAUAAUUUCUCCAGCUGUGACGGACAAAACAGCCAUCGUCCUGUCUCAAAAUGGCAUCAACAUCGAGAAGCCUCUCAUCGCUCGUUUCCCUACCAACCCUAUCAUCAGUAGCGUGGCGUAUACGGGCGCAACCGAAACGGCACUCGCGAAAAUUUUCAACGAUGACCCAGAUUGCCAGAAGAUCGGCGCGUAUACUAGCCCUCAAAUCGCUGCUAGUGUAGCAGAAGAGGCUGCAAAGCGUUACGUGAACAUUUACAAUCCGGAGGGGAAACUUGAUGUCAUCUAUGAGCCUGACGUUGCCAGGGUUCGGUGGCGCAAGAUCGCCUACAAUGGCUCAAUGAAUCCUAUUGCUUCAAUCCUACGCAUGGACACACCGCGUAUGCGUAUGAGCAAGCAUGUCAUUGAUGAUUUAAUUUUACCUAUGAUGAGGGAAAUUCAGGCUAUUGCCAAGGCAAGCGGGGUGACACUUCAGCCUGAGCCUGAACUUCUCCAUGCAAUCCUGCAUCAGGAUCCAAAUGACACUGCUUUCAAGCCGAGCAUGUGCCAGGACUUCGAAAAGGGAAACCUUAUGGAGAUUGAGAAUCUCGUUGGCGAGCCGGUGCGUGAGGCGGAGAAGUUAAAUGUGCCUGCACCAACGUUGAAGAUUGUGUAUGGGAUUAUGAAAGGAUUGCAGCUUAAGGUGAAGGAAGAGAAGGGCUUGUGGAAAGCCGAGUUUGAGCCCGGGAAUCCUUAUGUUUAG